CGAAUUGAUAACUCUAAAAUUAAACACUUGUGUUUUCAAGUGAAUAAUUGUAAAGAAAACAACAAGCCAGCACCGCCCCCACUAGCCCUACUCUUACUAUCUCAUCAUUCAACUUUUGAUUCGUUUCCUGCCUUUACUUCCAGCCUGUUCCUAUCUACCUUAUAAUCUCAUCAUCCUUAUAUAAUUACACUACUUCACUCAUACUAUCCAUUCCUUUUCUUCUCUUCAUUACACAACCACAACAAAUAUGCCGAAGCUUAUGUUGAUGGUUGUGCUACUGGGUCUUUGCCACGUGUUAGUGGCAAAAAUGGGCAAGGAUGGAGAGAGGAAAAUUACUUAUAUAGUUCACAUGUCGAAAUCUGAAAUGCCGGUGCGUUUUAACGACCAUACUCACUGGUAUGACUCGUCGUUGAAGUCGGUUUCGGACUCGGCUGAAAUGCUCUACACUUACAACAAUGUGGCGCAUGGGUACUCCACCAGGUUGACGAAACAGGAGGCUGAGUCACUCGAGAAGCAACCAGGCAUUCUCGGGGUCAUGCCCGAAGUGAUAUAUGAACUCCACACCACUCGAACUCCCGAGUUUCUUGGGCUCGAUCAGAACGCUAAUUUGUUCCCCGAGUCCAAGACGGCUAGUGAGGUCGUUGUCGGAGUCUUCGACACUGGCGUCUGGCCAGAGAGCAAGAGUUUCGACGAUUCGGGACUUGGACCGAUCCCAAGCUCCUGGAAAGGCCUAUGCGAAACAGGCAACAAUUUUAAUGCGUCGAAUUGUAACCGAAAACUAAUCGGCGCGAGAUUUUUCUCCAAGGGCUACGUGGCUGCUCUAGGGCCGAUUGAUGAGUCCAAGGAGUCUAAUUCGCCGCGUGAUGAUGACGGUCACGGGACACACACCUCCACCACCGCAGCUGGAUCCGUCGUCCGUGACGCCAGCCUGUUAGGCUACGCGGCGGGAACAGCGCGUGGGAUGGCCUCAAGUGCGAGAGUAGCUGUAUACAAAGUAUGUUGGGAAGGAGGUUGUUUUAGCUCGGACAUAUUGAAAGGUAUGGACAUGGCUAUUGCGGAUAAUGUUAAUGUCAUGUCCUUGUCAUUAGGCGGUGGAACCUCCGAUUACUAUCGCGAUAAUAUCGCAAUCGGAGCCUUCGCCGCCAUGCAAAAGGGCAUUCUAGUUUCGUGCUCUGCAGGUAAUGCCGGACCUAGUUCCUUCAGUUUAUCAAAUGUUGCCCCUUGGAUAACCACUGUCGGUGCUGGAACAUUGGACCGGGAUUUCCCCGCCUUGGCGAGUUUAGGCAAUGGCCUAAACUACUCCGGUGUGUCGCUGUUCAAAGGCGAUUCAUUGCCGGAUAAGAUGGUUCCGUUUAUUUAUGCUGGUAAUGCUACUAUUGCAACUAAUGGUAAUCUUUGCAUGCCUGGUACUUUGAUACCUGACAAAAUAAAGGGUAAAAUUGUACUCUGUGAUCGCGGAGUAAAUGCUAGGGUUCAAAAGGGAUCUGUGGUGAAAUCAGCUGGUGGUGUUGGGAUGGUAUUGGCUAACGCCGCCUCUAACGGUGAUGAGCUGGUGGCUGAUGCGCAUUUACUACCCGCCACCGCUGUGACGGAAAAAACAGGAAAUUUGAUAAAAAAUUAUCUAUUUUCCGAAUCGAAUCCAACUGCAACAAUUCUUUUCCAGGGAACGAAAGUUGGGAUUGAGCCAUCACCUGUUGUCGCAGCAUUUAGCUCAAGAGGACCUAAUUCAAUUACGCCAGAGAUUCUGAAGCCUGACAUAAUUGCCCCUGGCGUGAACAUCUUAGCAGGUUGGGCUGGUUCAGUUGGGCCGACCGGACUUGCUGAGGAUACCAGGCACGUCGAGUUCAACAUUAUCUCGGGCACAUCGAUGUCGUGCCCGCACGUUAGUGGCCUGGCCGCGCUUCUCAAAGCCGCGCACCCGGACUGGAGCCCGGGUGCUAUACGCUCGGCUCUCAUGACCACAGCGUACAGUCAAUACAAAACAGGCAAACUAAUGGAAGACAUUGCCACCGGGAAACCAUCCACACCGUUCGAUCACGGUGCAGGACACGUGGAUCCUGUCUCCGCGCUCAAUCCCGGACUCGUUUAUGAUCUAACCGUUGACGAUUACGUCGACUUCUUAUGCGCGCUGAAAUACACAGCUUCCGAAAUCAAAUUAGUCACCAGAGGGAAUUUUACUUGUGACACAAGUAAGCAAUACAGUGUAAAUAAUCUGAAUUACCCCUCUUUUGCUGUUUCUUAUCAAACAGGAAGUGGUCCUAUUACUGAAGAGACGACUACGGUGAAGCAUACACGAACACUCACUAAUGUGGGCUUGCCAGGGACUUAUAAGGUGUCGGUGACUUCUCCAGGAAAGUCUGUUAAGGUAACCGUGGAACCCGAGAGUCUGAGCUUUGAUAAGGUGAAUCAGAAGAUGUCAUACACAGUUAGUUUCACGGCUAGUUCAAUGCCAUCGAAUACUAAUUUGUUUGGACGGAUUGAGUGGUCGGACGACAAGCACAUUGUGGGAAGUCCGGUUGCAGUUAGCUGGAUAUAAUUCUUUUUUUAAAGUUAAUUCUAGUUAAGUAAAAUGAUCGUAUUGAGUGCACAGGACUCCGGCAAUAACGAGUCUGUGGAAUGUUGAUCAUAAUUAAGUUUUUAUUUAUGGUUUAUGUGUAAACUAACCAGCUAAACUGAUGAUGGUUAGUAGUGUUAGUUUGACGCUUGGUGUGUGGGAGAAGGCCUUGAAACACCUGAAAAUGGGGGGCUGGAUCGAUCAUUGUAUAGUGUUGUAUUAUGAGUUAAUGACGCAUCAUAAUUGAUUUGGAAACAAGGGGAGCAAAAGCAUGAAAUUGAUGUUUAAUCUUUUCUA